UGUUUUCUUUCCAGAGUGCACUCUGUUUUCAUUUUUAUUCAAGUGUACACAAAAGAAAAUUCUUAUCAUAAGCUUAUCAUUCUACGUUCGAAAAAGUGUGAAAUUGCCUAAUAUCUCAGACAUAACAGUGAUAUUUUGUUCAGCACUCAGAGCAUAACUAUAUUUUGCGAGCUAGGAAGCAUAUUUUUUCUCAAUGGAUAACCCAAACUCUUCAAUGGCUUCGGAAAAACGUUCCUCCCUGAAAGAAGCAAUCGGUCGUGAUCCUUUGGCGGCCGAUUUUCGUCUGUCGCUGUUUGUGUCCGCCGCCCGGUCAUUCAAGUACGAUUCUUGCCUGCAACCAUUCCCACCGGACUUCGUUUCCAGCAACAAAGAGAAGAACAUUGACGAACUGAAUCGUAUCCUAGAAAGCAUCCAACCCUUGGCGGAUUUGAAUGUUGCGUCUUUGGAGGGCAAAUCAUUGGAUCUGCUGCACUGGAUCAUUUGCAAGCAAUCUAAUCCGGGAUUGCGCACGGUGCCGAAAACGGACUUCGAUGAUGUAUUUGCCAAAGCGCCCUGUUUGGCUGCCUUCCAGCGGCCACAGCAAAUUUUUGAAGUUGUAUACCGCGAGGACGCCCACUCGGAACGACGGUUCCGGGAGAAUCAGGAUCAAUUUAGCAGCUACUACGCGUACCACGGAAGCAAGUUGUUCAAUUUCUACUCCAUUUUGAAUUAUGGCCUGCAGCAACACCUCAACAAAACGGCAUUAUUUGGUGAGGGAAUUUAUCUGUCGGCAGAGCUUCAUGUGAGUCAAAUGUUCGCUCCUACCGGAGCUGGAUGGGCAAGGUCAGAUUUGGGUAGUCAUUUGGCGUGCACAGCGCUUUGUCAGUACAUUGACAAUCCGAGCUACGUCAAGUGCCAGGAAGAGAAUUCAAAUACGUCCGACAUACCGGAAAAGUACAUCUUGGUUAAGAAUAAUGAGUUGGUGCAGGUCAGAUAUUUGCUGGUUUACGGAAGCAAUCGAAGAAAGGUGGCAUCAAGUGAGGUAAGUAGCAAUCAGCCACAGUGGCAACAACGGGUGCAACCGAUGAUGGGUGAACGGGCGCGGCCAAGUCGGUGUGUGCAAUGGAUUGCGGCAAAUAAAAGUUGGCUCAUGGCGGGUGGGUAUUUCAUGAUGUUGUUUGCAAUUGGGCUGAUGAACAAUCCCAAUGCGCACUACAUGAAGCAAAUGUUUUUGCAAAAGAUCAAUCACGUCUGUAACGCAUUGUUUGGUGGGAUGAAUGAGAGAGAUGCAUGAUGGUUAGUGGGUGGAUGAGUAAUGUAAGAAUUUUUGGGUAUACUGCUUUAAAGUUUAAAUUAGAUUUAAGUCUGUAUUUGUAUUAUUUACAUAAUAUAACGUAAUUACAUUCA